CCGCACUCUCUCCCUUGUCCCCCAGCCUUCCUCUACCUCCAGCAGGGCAAUCAGGACGCCACGGCUCCGCCUGACGCAAUGGCUCAGCCCUAUCCCCCGGCAACAUACCCACCACCCCCACAGAAUGGCAUUCCUCCAGAGUAUGCUCCUCCACCACACCCGCACCCAGCACAGGACUAUUCGGGGCAGAGCACAGUACCCGAGCACGCCUUGACGCUCUACACCCCAGCACAGAGCCACUCCGAACAGCCGGGCACUGAUGCCAGCACGCAGUCCAUAGCAGGCACGCAAACGGUACCGCAGACAGAUGAAGCAGCGCAGACAGACAACCAGACACUACACCUACCAGAGAGUGGUUCUGACAAGCAACAGCCUAAGAGGCUACACGUUUCUAACAUCCCUUUCCGCUUCCGGGACCCUGAUCUGCGGCAAAUGUUUGGGCAAUUUGGAAAGAUCCUGGAUGUUGAGAUCAUUUUCAAUGAGCGUGGUUCCAAGGGUUUUGGGUUUGUAACUUUUGAAACUAGUGCAGAUGCCGAUCGGGCACGGGAGAAGCUGAACGGCACCAUCGUAGAGGGACGCAAAAUUGAGGUCAACAAUGCCACCGCACGGGUCAUGACAAACAAAAAGGCAGCUAACCCCUACACAAACGGCUGGAAGCUGAACCCUGUAGUAGGCACCGUCUAUGGCCCUGAAUUCUAUGCAGUGACCGGUUUCCCAUAUCCAGCCACAGGAACCGCAGUAGCGUACCGGGGGACACACUUAAGGGGCCGAGGACGCACAGUCUACAACACGUUCCGAGCAGCUCCCCCACCCCCACCCAUCCCCACUUAUGGAGCAGUGGUUUAUCAGGACGGAUUCUACGGUGCUGAAAUUUACGGGGGCUAUGCGGCCUACAGAUAUGCCCAGCCUGCGGCAGCGGCAGCAACAGCUUACAGCGACAGUUACGGCAGAGUUUAUGCAGCUGCAGACCCUUACCACCACACUAUUGGCCCUGCUGCCACCUACAGCAUCGGCACCAUGUGAAACCUUCAGCUGUUUCCUUCUGGGACCAGGAAGGGCACAAAACAUUUUUUUUUAAAGCAAAGCAACAAACAAUUCCAAAACUAACAAGCCAAGCGACCGAGUGAAAGCCCCCUUCUGUCCACACAUGCGCCCCAAGCGACAGGCCAGCCGGAGCGCAACCACCGACAGUCCGCCCGGACAGAUGGACGGCACGGCAGCCCCACGCAGACUCUGCAAAGCCGUCCGCAUCAGGAGACCCGUGCCCUGCUCCUCCCCGCUGCAGACCACGGGGCCAGGAGGGACAGGUACUGACACAGACUGGAAUCCGCAGGCCCC